UCCAACGUCAGGGAGGUCAUUAAUAACCAAUUAGGAGGGUCAAUGAAGCUCAUAUAUAGGCGGGCGGGAGCCGCCGAGCCGCACGGAGCCCGGCCGCCCGCCUCGCCCCCAUGAUGGGCUCCGUGCUGCCCGCUGAAGCCCUGGUGCUGAAGCCCGGGCUGAAGCCGCAGGGGCUCUCCCUGGCCGAGGUGAUCACGUCCGACAUCCUGCACAGCUUCCUCUACGGCCGCUGGAGGAACGUGCUGGGCGAGCAGCUCUUCGAGGAGAAGAGCAGCCCCAAAACCGCCUUCACGGCCGAAGUGCUGGCGCAGUCCUUCUCCGGAGAGGUGCAGAAGCUCUCCAGCCUGGUGCUGCCGUCGGAAGUGAUCAUCGCGCAGAGCUCCAUCCCCGGGGAAGGGCUCGGCAUCUUCUCCAAGACGUGGAUCAAAGCCGGCACCGAGAUGGGGCCGUUCACGGGCAGGGUGAUCUCACCGGAGCACGUGGAUCUGUGCAAGAACAACAACCUGAUGUGGGAGGUCUUCAACGAGGAUGGCACAGUGCGGUACUUCAUCGAUGCCAGCCAGGAGGACCAUCGCAGCUGGAUGACCUACAUCAAAUGCGCCCGCAACGAGCAGGAGCAGAACCUGGAGGUGGUGCAGAUCGGGAACAGCAUCUUCUACAAAGCCAUUGAGAUGAUUCCUCCGGAUCAAGAGCUGCUGGUCUGGUAUGGGAACUCACACAACACCUUCCUGGGCAUCCCAGGUGUGCCGGGGCUGGAAGAGGAGCAGAAGAAGAACAAACAUGAGGACUUCCAUGCAGUGGAGACCGGGGCCAGCACCACGGGUCGCAUGCGCUGCGUCAUCUGCCACCGCGGCUUCAACUCCCGCAGCAACCUGCGCUCCCACAUGCGCAUCCACACCUUGGACAAGCCCUUCGUGUGUCGCUUCUGCAACCGGCGCUUCAGCCAAUCCUCCACCCUGCGUAACCACGUCCGUUUGCACACCGGAGAGCGGCCCUAUAAGUGCCAGGUGUGUCAAAGUGCCUAUUCCCAGCUGGCCGGGUUACGGGCGCAUCAGAAAAGCGCCCGUCAUCGACCCCCCAAUGCAUCCCUGCAGGCUCAUUCGCCUGCCCUACCCGUGCCCCAUCCCGCUUCCUUGGCCCAUCACAUCCCCACCAUGGUGCUGUGAGCCAUGGAACGGCAGCAGCACGUUUCUGGAUGGUCGCUGCCCACGUGCAAAGACUGGCAUUGAGAUGUGUGAGGAACUGGGAGCCCGUGGCAGAGCCGCUGCUCUGAGUUUGCAUUGGGAGCAUCAGCGUUUCCAUAGGGUUUGGUGGGAAAGGGAGAAUGGGAGGGCACGGCAGGACAUCCCGUGUGGAUUUUGCUGGUGUGUUCGGAGCUGCGGCUGCACCUGGAUGAAUCAAGGUUGGGUUUUAUGGAUCAUUUGAUAGGAAGGAAAAUUGCUUUUGUCCUUUCUCCUCUGUGCCAGCGAGCGCCCAGCAAGGAGACGUGGCACAGCAUCACUGGGACCAUCAGCUUUGUCUGUUCAGCCGAGUUGGGUUUUCCUCCCUCUAUCCCCAGCUGUGCCAUGGGGUUUGUCUACAUGCCACCAAGGGAUGGGAGGCUGAGAUGGGCUGUGAGACCCCCGAGGUCAGGCUGCCCGGGGCUCUGAGCACUGUGUGUGUAGGGAGUUGGACCAGGCGGCCUUUAGGAGGGGUUUGAGGGGGGUCCCUUCCAACUUGGACCAUGCAAUGACGGCCCAGCAGCUGCUCAGCCCCAUCCAGCCCUAAGGGAGCGCUCAGCUCUGCUGCCCUCUGGGGACCGCACAGCCCGGAGCGGCUGUUCCCAUUAACUUGGAAGGUUGUUGUGUUCAUCCUAAAUCCGAGGUGUAUAAAAGCUCUCAUAAAAAUAAAAACACUGCGUUUUACUGCCAGAAAAGGGAAAAAAAGAAAAACCCAAGAAGGAAAA